UUUAUUCACCACACAUUAAAGACCGGUCCAUAAAAAUACUGUCCCACAUUAAACCGGUCCGUGACGGAGAAAAGGUUGGGGACCACUGCCCUGUGUGAGGUUUAUGCAGAGUCAGCUGCUUUACAGUGGAACAGGAGAAGACUGUGGGUUACACAAUACCUCCUGUUAUCUGCUCACAUUCUUCACUCUGGCAUCACUGUGAUCUUCUCUCUGUGUAAACAGCUCACACUCUCCACAUCCCCCAUACACACCUUCUGUCCUUCACUGGAGACACAUUUCUGGAGUCUAGAGCACCAAUAUCAGACUUCUCUUACGUAUUCAACAGUCUAUAGUGUGUGUGUAGAUGAUAAAUCCCAGAGAUGGAGCACUUUACCAAUCUAAACACUCCAUGUGUUCUACACACACCACAUUUGAAUAUACACUGGUGGGACUGUUGUAAGGGGGCGUGGCCUAAUUGAUCAUUAGUGAAUGACAACAUUGUAAUCCUGCUGUGCUCCAAACUCAGAAAUACUUUGUGUUUCGAUUCAUUUUGGACAGGCGAACAUGGUGCCUCCGGCUGAAAAAGGGUAUUACCGCUUUGUGGUUCUGUUCUUUAACUGCAUGCUGACGUUUGGAUCCUACUUCUGCUUCGACAUCCCAAGUGUCCUACAGCAGCAGUUCCAAGGGAACCUGACGUGUGUGAACUCCACGCUGGUAAAUGAGACUGUGGAGUGUGUGGAAGGACUCGGGAUGACCCCACAGGAGUACAACCUGCUGUACGCUAUCUACGCAUGGACGAAUGCAGUAUCCUUGGCAAGAUUCCUGAUCGACAAACUGGGAAACCGUUUCGGCGUGUUCCUUUUCUCCUUCCUGUGUGUGUUAGGUUCCUCCAUCUUUGCUCUCGGGUCUCAUUUUAAAGCAAGUCCGUACCUCCUGCCACUCAUGCUCACGGGUCGCCUGCUGUUCGGCUCCGGGAACGGCUCUCUGAAAAUUGUACAGAACCGGAUCACAGCGUUCUGGUUCAGAGGGAAGGAGUUAGCGUUAGCGUUUGGACUCACGCUAGCUUUCUCUCGACUCGGCUCCGUUCUCAACUUUUUCUUCACUCAGCGCUUCGAGGCUCAGUACGGCAUGCAGUGGACACUGUGGGGGGGUACACUCCUGUGUGUGCUGGGUUUCCUCUCAGCUAUAACAGUCAGUGUUCUGGACAAAGUGGGAAUGAAGCAGCUGGGACUGGACGGAACCAUACAGGAGGAGUCACGCAGUGGUAAUGUGAUUUCACCAUCAUCAUUAUCACCACAAUCUUCACCACUAUUAUUAUCACCACAUCACCAUAAUCACAUUACUAUCCUUAGCAUCACCACCAUUACCAUUAUCACAAUCAUCUUUACCAUCACUACCAUUACUAUCAUUGUCUUCAACAUUAUCACCACCAUCCCCAUCAUCGCUACUAUUAACAUCACCACUAUCACCAUCACUAUCAUCACUCAAUCACCAUCAUCACUAUCAAUACUAUAACCAUCUUCACCAUCACUACCAUUACUAUCAUUGUCUUCACCAUCAUUAACACCAUUAACAUCACUACUAUCACCACAAUCACCAUCACUAUCAUCAUC